CAUUUCCCUCCUUUCCCGUGCCACUCCAUUGUAAUACAAUUCUCUCUCUCUGUCUCUUCUCUCUCUCUCUCUCUCUCUCAGUGGGUGUGGGGGAGGGGUUAGGAUAAUAGUAAUGGAGCAGCAAAGGAAUCAGAAGAUGGCACAAGAACAACAACACGGCGAAGUAGAAGAGAUACAGCAUGGGCUUCCUGUUGAACAGCUUCAGGCGUCGGGCAUUGCUUCCAUUGAUAUUAAGAAGCUCAGAGAUGCGGGUCUCUGCACCGUCGAAUCUGUUGCAUACUCUCCGCGGAAGGAUCUCCUGCAAAUCAAAGGAAUCAGCGAAGCUAAAGUUGACAAGAUCGUUGAAGCAGCUUCCAAGGUAGUCCCUUUGGGUUUUACUAGUGCUAGCCAACUUCAUGCCCAAAGGCUUGAAAUUAUUCAAAUAACAUCCGGAUCAAGAGAGCUUGACAAGAUCUUGGAAGGAGGAAUCGAGACAGGAUCUAUUACUGAGUUAUAUGGUGAGUUCCGUUCUGGAAAGACUCAGCUGUGUCACACGCUCUGUGUCACUUGCCAACUUCCAUUAGAUCAAGGAGGUGGUGAAGGAAAAGCAAUGUACAUCGAUGCAGAGGGCACAUUCAGGCCACAGAGACUCUUACAGAUAGCAGACAGAUUUGGACUAAAUGGUGCUGAUGUCUUGGAGAAUGUGGCCUAUGCUAGAGCAUAUAACACUGAUCAUCAGUCCAGGCUUUUACUUGAAGCAGCUUCAAUGAUGGUGGAAACAAGGUUUGCUCUUAUGAUAGUAGACAGUGCUACUGCUCUCUACAGAACAGAUUUCUCUGGAAGGGGAGAACUUUCUGCCCGGCAGAUGCAUCUUGCAAAGUUUCUCCGGAGCCUUCAAAAGUUAGCAGAUGAGUUUGGUGUGGCUGUUGUUAUCACAAACCAAGUGGUUGCACAAGUGGAUGGUUCAGCACUCUUUGCUGGGCCUCAAAUCAAGCCUAUUGGUGGUAACAUUAUGGCGCAUGCUUCCACAACAAGGCUUGCUCUGCGGAAGGGAAGAGCAGAGGAGCGCAUCUGUAAAGUAAUAAGCUCUCCUUGUUUGGCCGAAGCUGAAGCACGGUUUCAGAUUUCUGCAGAAGGUGUAACUGAUGUCAAGGACUGAUCCAUUUCAGCCCACCAUUUUCCAGUACUUUUACAAGGUCUUGUUGAUCACUUGUCCUUGUAUUUUUCAAUGUUUUCUGCAACUGAGCGAUAUCUUUGUAAUUUUGUUGACAGUAAGGGGCUUCCAAUGAAGCAUUUUGGGGUC